AAGUUUGACCCAGGCUUUUGAUGAUGUCGGCCGCUGUGCAGCAAAAACAAGAUACUGUAGCGUUACCGGUGUUCGCUGCUGUCACCCUGGCACUCAUAACCAUCCUCAGUGUGUGGAAGUUAAAGCAGUUCAAAUAUAAAUUGGUAAAUGAAGCUGGGGUUGCAAUGUUUUAUGGUUUGCUUCUGGGGUUAACUGUGAGAUUAAUAUGGACUGAUAAAGGAGAGCAGUGUCCGGGGAACACAACAGCAGCAAAUGAGCAAGCGAACACUUCUAACAUCACGAUGGUCAACAUCACACCACACGGACAUGUCGGAAAUGAAAAAGGCCAGUUCAGCUCACAUCCUGAGGAGACCUUUGAUCUGCAGGUCCUUUUCAAUCUGUUCCUGCCACCCAUCAUCUUCCAUGGAGCUUACACUCUUAAUCAGAAACGAUUCCUUGCAAACCUGGGAUCUGUUCUCACCUACGCUUUUGCAGGUACCAUAAUCAGCUGCAUGUGCAUAGGGGCUUGCAUGUACGGCUUCACCAAACUGAUGGUACUGUUGAGCGAACAAAAAGAAGAAUUCUUCCUCACUCACUGCCUCCUUUUUGGUGCCAUUAUGUCAGCCACUGAUCCAGUCUCAGUCCUUGGCCUGUUAUCAGAUCUGCGUGUGGACUUGGAUCUGCACAUGCUGCUGUUUGGCGAGAGUGUCCUGAAUGAUGCCGUUGCCAUCGUCCUGACACAUGCCAUCACCACCUACACCCAGAUGAAUGCAGAACUCAUCUUCAACCCCACUGCCUUUCUCCACGCCUUUGUUUUUUUUCUCAUAGUGCUCAUUGGCUCCUUCCUCUUAGGUCUCAUUUUCACAGUAAUAACAGCCCUCCUCACCAAAUUCACUCGGCUGCAUGAAAAUCCCCUCCUGGAAACGUCAGUCUUCUUCUUGCUGUCCUGGAGCAGCUACCUCUCGGCUGAAGCCUGCGGGCUAUCAGGUAUUGUGGCAGUGAUGUUUUGCGGCUUGAGUCAGGCAAGGUACACAGUUCUCAACUUGUCCUCUGAGGGCAGGGCAAGGAUCAAGCAGCUCUUUGAAGUCUUCAACUUCCUCGGGGAGAUUUCCAUCUUCGGCUACAUGGGAUAUAUAUUGUUGAAGUUCACUUGCCAUAAAUUUGAACCAUACUUCAUUUCUGGGGCACUUCUGUCCGUCUUUAUUUCAAGAGCAUUCAACAUCUACCCCUUAUCUUUCCUGCUGAACCUGGGUCGCACAAACAAGAUACCUUGCAAGUUCCAGCACUUCAUGAUGUUUGCAGGUUUGAGGGGGGCUGUGGCUUUUAGACUGGCUGUAAAAGUCACAGCUAAAGAAGUGAGUCACACCAUCUUCACCACCACCCUGCUGAUGAUUGUCUUCACCAUCUGGGUACUUGGUACGGCUGCUGAUCCCAUGCUGCGGCGUCUGGACAUCAGAGUGGGGGUGGAUCCAGAUGAAAACCAGGAGGACCGCAUUUUUGAGAUUGCUACAGAGAGGCUAGACACAACACAGGGCCUGUGGCACUCUCUCGACUACAAAUAUCUAAAGCCAAUGCUGACUCAUUGUGGCCCCCCGCUGACUGAGUCACUGCCACAGUGUUGUGGUGUAUUUGCCAGAGUCUUCAGUAGCCCCCGUGUGCAGGAGGAUGAUGAAGAAGAAGAGCUGUGUGAGAUAGAAGCAGGAAAAAACACCCUGGAUUUGGGGGAAACGGAGAGCCAGCAGGGAUCGUCCGAAAGCGAUUCUGCAUCCGAGCACCAAGAGGACCUGCUGGACGGAGAUCUGGGCCUCGGCACUGCUCCAGCUCAACCGAGGGAGGCAAGCGGCUCCAGUACUCAGCUCUAACCUCGUCUUAUCAGCUAUUGCUCCCUGAUGUCAAAACCCCCACCUCCCACAGUGAAUGGAGGUCACUGGUCAGGACAUCUGCCAACAGCUGACUGAGAGUUAGAGUUUCAAUGGUUCCCAAAAGGUCAUGCACUCCCCCUGUGCUGAAAUGCACGCAAAGACACACAGUCACACAGGAAGGGAGAAAAACAAUUACAAAGGCCACCGCUCUUCCUGUUGCAACGCUGAUGAUUUCCUUGUCUCAAACUGGGGAAGUUAGAAACUGAAAUAGAAAUGUUAAGUGUGCCUUUCACCUUUGUCAUAAAGCAGUCAUAAAAAUAAAUAAAGGUAAUAUGUUAAGUCACAGAUUCAUUAUAAGUGCGGCAGCUACAUGAUACACGGUUACGUAAUGCCCGAGUUUCAAGCUUUAGGGAGAAUUACUCAUCACUGUACUCUGUGAUUGAACACUGCAGUAUUUCCCUUAAUCAGCUGAAAUGGUAUUUUCUUGCCAACUUUGCUUAGCUCUUCCCCAGCCCCUUAUUAAACUUUUAUUGCACUGUUUUCUGCUGCAAUCCUUUUAACUGAUUCAAAUGUAUUCUGCUAAAUUUAUUACCACCCCCACCACCCCAUCUCCCUCCAUGUCUUCCUUAGCAUUCUUUGCUGUGCAAGAAUGUAUCCAAAUGGUUAAAAGUACUAACAGCUUUCAGGGGGGGAAAAAAGAUUAUUUGCAUGUGAAGUUUCGCUCCAACUGCUUUAAUUAAAGAUUGCACUUUGCUGCUUUCUAUGUGCAUCACUGUAAAUCUCAGGGCCCCAUCUUUUUCCCCCUUGAGUCAAACAGGGGUGUUGUUUACUGCACAAAUACGAUUUGUGAAGGUUAGGCUGUACGAAUAUGCAGAUGGUUCGCCGUGUAUUAAUAAAGCCAUUGUCCUUGAAGCGGGGGCUUUUCGUUUUAUGUUGUGAAUGCAUGGGCGCGUCUCUGGAAUGUGUCUGUUAAAGUAUACAUUGCGUUCCUCUUUGUAUGCACUCAAAUUUAAAUUUCUGAGCUUUUUCCAAGCAAGAGAUGAUGAUUAACAGCUUUCCACCAUUAUUAGGCCUGUUUCUUAAAGCUGCAGCUUACUAUCAAAGUAAACAAAUACUUUCUGAAACACAAUUGCUAGUUUUUAUGU